CCCGUCCCCAGACCGGAGCUCAUCUGCCAGCUGGAGCGCGGGCAGGAGCCGUGGACGGCGAAGAGAGGCCUCUCCCAGAACACCUAUCCAGGUGACAAAGGAAAACCCAAGGCCACAGUAUCUGCCAUUGGUGAGCCAGCCCUGUCUGAGGGCGUCCCCGUCCAGGAACAACUAAUACAAGGAGUUGCAGGAGACUCCCAGAAGCGCCAAACCAAGGAUCAGGAUGGGUCAUUGGAAAUGCAAGAAGGACAUUUGAGACCAGAGAUAGAUCCCCAGAAGGAGAAACUCCCUGGGAAAUCAAGCUCUGAAGAUGGCAACAUAGGGACAGCUGAUAAUGUGUGUUCAAGAAUUGUACAGGAGCCAGUCCCUCUGCGAGGUGCUGUCCAUGACCAUGACUCGUGUGGAUCAGGUAAAGAUCCCAUGAUUCAAGAAGAAGAAAAUAUCUUUAAAUGCAACGAAUGUGGGAAAAUUUUUAACAAGAAACGCCUCCUUGCUCGACACGAGAGAAUUCACUCUGGAGUGAAGCCCUAUGAAUGCACUGAGUGUGGGAAAACCUUUAGUAAAAGCACUUACCUCCUCCAGCACCACAUGGUCCACACCGGGGAGAAGCCCUAUAAGUGCAUGGAGUGCGGGAAGGCCUUCAACCGCAAGUCACACCUUACACAGCACCAGCGGAUUCACAGCGGGGAGAAGCCUUAUAAGUGCAGUGAGUGUGGAAAGGCCUUCACCCACCGCUCCACUUUUGUCUUGCAUAACAGGAGCCACACUGGAGAGAAACCCUUUGUGUGCAAAGAGUGUGGAAAAGCCUUCCGAGAUAGGCCAGGUUUCAUACGUCACUACAUAAUCCACAGUGGCGAGAAUCCCUACGAAUGCUUCGAGUGUGGCAAGGUCUUCAAACACAGGUCCUACCUCAUGUGGCACCAGCAGACUCACACUGGGGAGAAGCCCUACGAGUGCAGCGAGUGCGGGAAGGCCUUCUGUGAGAGCGCGGCCCUCAUUCACCACUACGUCAUCCACACGGGGGAGAAGCCCUUCGAGUGCCUGGAGUGCGGGAAGGCCUUCAACCACAGGUCCUACCUCAAGAGGCACCAGAGGAUCCACACCGGGGAGAAGCCCUAUGUGUGCACUGAGUGUGGAAAGGCCUUCACCCACUGUUCCACUUUCAUCUUGCACAAAAGGGCCCACACUGGAGAAAAACCUUUUGGAGAGAAACCCUAUGAAUGUGUCGAGUGUGGGAAAACCUUCUGCUGGAGCACAAACCUUAUUCGACACUCCAUCAUCCACACCGGGGAGAAGCCCUAUGAAUGCAGCGAGUGUGGAAAGGCCUUCAGUCGUAGCUCCUCCCUCACUCAGCAUCAGAGGAUUCAUACUGGGAGACACCCCGUCAGUGGCAGCGCAGCAGAAGUGGGGAGACCCUUCACGAGCGGGCAGUCCUCGGUCAACCUCCAAGAGCUCCUGUUGGGGAAAGACUUUUUGAAUGUAGCCACUGAGGAAACCUCUUACUCAGAAUCUGAUCAUUCAUACCAAAGAGAAACCCCUCAGUUUUCUUCCCUGUGA